UUGCUCGUUAGUUUUCCGGGAAAAUUGAGUGGAUAAUGAAUGGAGUGGGAAAAUUGGGAACUCAUGACCUCAAGCUCAGGAGACUCUUCUUCUCUUCCUCUUCUUGACUGGAAAUUUUCUCAAGUCUUUGGUGAAAAAAUUCCCGGUGAAGAUGUUCAAGAUGUUGAUGUUGUGUCUGCACUUGAAUUCGAUAAGAGUGGGGAUUACCUUGCUGUUGGAGAUAAAGGUGGCCGAGUUGUCAUCUUUGAAAGAAAUGACGGGAAAGAUACUUCGAACCAACACAAUUCUCGGAAUGAGUUGGAGCGGUUGGACUUUACCUUCUCUAGACAUCCUGUAUAUCAAUACAAGACUGAAUUUCAGAGUCAUGAACCUGAGUUCGACUACCUGAAGAGUUUGGAAAUUGAGGAGAAGAUUAAUAGAGUAAAAUGGUGUGCAACUCCCAAUGGAUCAUUGUUUAUCCUUUCAACAAACGAUAAGACAAUCAAGUUAUGGAAGGUUAAGGAAUGUAAAGAUAAGAAAGUAAAAGAAAUGGAACCCAGUUCAGUGAGUUCAGAAAGUUCUCUGUUGGCUGAAAGAAGCUUUGUAAGUGAGCAAAGCAAAAUGUCUAAUGGCUAUCAUGCGGAGCGGACAAAGAAUAAAAUCAAGAACAACUCACCUUUUCAAGAAGCACAUACCAAGAUUGCUUAUGCGGAAGAUACGACUCGCGCUAGUUGUCGAAAGGUCUAUGCGCAUGCUCAUGAUUUUAACAUCAACUCAAUAUCUAACAAUAGUGAUGGUGAGACAUUUAUUUCUGCAGACGACCUUCGAAUUAACUUAUGGAACCUUGAGAUCAGUGAUCAGUGCUUCAACAUCAUUGACAUGAAACCAUCAAAUAUGGAAGAUCUUACUGAGGUCAUAACAUCAGCUGAAUUCCAUCCACUCCAUUGUAAUAUGCUUGCAUACAGCAGCUCCAGAGGUUUUAUUCAUUUGGUUGACAUGCGACAGUCAGCAUUAUGCGAUCAGAGUGCAAGAAUCAUACAAGAUGCAGAAUUCCGUGGGUCAAAAUCAUUCUUUACAGAGAUCAUUGCUUCUAUCUCUGAUAUAAAAUUCACAAAUGAUGGACAGCAUUUACUGAGUCGGGAUUACAUGAAUUUGAAGCUUUGGGAUAUACGUAUGGACACUUCACCAGUUUCUGUAUUCAAGAUUCAUGAGCACCUGCGGCCUAAGUUAUGUGAUUUAUAUAAUAACGACUCCAUAUUUGAUAAAUUUGAGUGCUGCAUCAGUGGAGAUGGACUUCACUUUGCAACUGGCUCUUACAGCAAUCUCUUACGAAUAUUUUCCUAUGGUGUUGGAAAUGAAGAAGGCGUUACAGUGGAAGCUAAUAAGCAUCCAAACAGGAAGCCACUUCCUCGUUCAGCUACAAAAGCUAGAAGAUCGUCCUUGAGCAACCUAACACGUGGAUUCUACUGGCACGGAAAUGAUAAUUCUAGUUCCGUCGGCAAUGAAUUUUCCUGCGACCUAAGCUCUAAGCUUCUUCAUCUGGCAUGGCAUCCAACUGCGACUAUGAUUGCUUGCUCGUCUGGGAAUAGCUUGUACAUGUAUUAUGCUUAGUGUCAUAAGAACAGAUCGGUUGCUACUCGUAAGUGGUAACAAACUGAAGGUUACAGAAUUCCAUCAUUGGUGUUCAUGACUUCAUAAUGUUAAGGGAUAAUUACUCUCGACGAGUUCAAGUCAAAAUUACUGUUUUCUCCGUGAAUUGAUUUUAAAAAAUCACCAUUCUGAACACUCGAAUAUCUAAAAUUUAUGGAGGAAACAAUAAUUUUAAUCUAAACUCUUAGAUAGUAAUUAUUUAUAAUGGGCAGUGAAUAGUUUGCUUGUUUGAUUCAAAUUAUAGUUUGGUUUGAGAGGCUAACUAGAGAUUAGCAGGAAACUAGAUUUCUCUAAACUUGAGGUGGCCUGCCAAUUGUACAAAUGAAAUAAAAUUUCUGUAGAACUAAAAUUGUUAGCUAAUAUUUAUUUCUUCUCA